AUGAUGAUAUUUGAGGUGCUGAUUGCAAUGCAGUUCUUCCAGGGGGUUUCCGGUACCGGACAACACUACUGCUCCAUAGAUGACGUCCAGGUAGACUGUCAGCCAUGUGGUAUCGCCUGCAAGCUUGGCAGAGAUCCAUGCUUUAGAUGUCCUGACGAAUGUGGCAAGGUAUUGCGAGCAGAUACAUGUAAAUCUGUUUGUAGUAAAAGGUGUAAAGAGGGAAUUUGCGAGUACCCUGAUGGCCAACUCAAGUGCUCUAAGGGAUGUAGGAAAGAAUAUACGGGGAGUUUCUGCCAGGAAUACUGCCCAGAAAAAUGCAAUUCCGGAUUCUGCGACCAGUUCACGUCUGCGUGUACUUCCAACUCUACAGAUCACGAAGAGGCGAAUGCUUCACGGCAGAACAUGUGGCUGGUGUUGGGGACAAGUUUAAGUGUGGCAGCUCUUGUCAUCCUGACUACUUGUCUUGCUUAUUGGGCAAGAGUGAAGUAUGGACGUAAGAAAAGAGGACCUACGUGCGCAAUAGGGCUGUACGAGAACCCGAGUUCCUCCGAAACAGAGAACGGAGACUCCAGGAUUCACUCAUACAUUGACCUUGACACGGACGUCGAUCAUAACCCAAAAUGUGGUAAUGACCAAGACGAUCUGUAUGAAGAGAACAAGUACAGAUUGUAUCUAAACGUGUAAGCUGACGUACAAUUGUCCAUUUCAUUGGAAUACCUGUAGCUCUUCAACAUCAGGAUGAAAAUCCGGGGUAGAAUAGGUCUUCAGCAACCCAUACUUGCCGUAAGAGACG